AUGGCGGAGUCAAACGAACUACAAAUUUUAAAUGAAGCCAAAUAUUUCAAGGGAACUUGCGAAAAGCGCGUGGAGUCUUUGCCGGACAAGCACAACGGACAAUGGACAGCGCUAUUGAUUUUUGCUGGGUACUGUUCAACAUUGGGAACAGCAGUUCCAGCAGGUUAUUGUAUUGGUGUUAUGAAUAGCCCCGGGGAGUUCAUGCGGGCAUGGUCCAAUCGAACCUUGGAAUUGCGAUACAAUGUACAGCUAUCAAAGACUAAUUUAGAUCUACUGUGGUCUGCUGUAAUCUCCAUAUUUCUGGUAGGAGGAGCGGUGGGAUCUUUUGCUGGUGCUAUUGUGGCAAAUAAAUAUGGGAGAAAGCGUUGUGUGCUAAUUUGUGGUUGCCUCUUCUGUAUCGGAGCAGUAUGUUUUUUCUGUUGCCGCGUGCUAAAUUCAAUCGAAAUGCUUAUCUUGGGACGCUUCGUGGUUGGCUUGGCGGCUGGUUUAACCACUUCCUCCUUACCUAUGUAUCUUAGCGAAGUUGCGCCUUUAGAGUUGCGGGGAAGUCUAGGUGUAUUUUGUGCAGUUGGGUUGACGGCUGGUGUUGUAGUUGGUCAGGUAUUUAGCCUGCGGACAGUCUUCGGAAACGAGUCGCAGUGGCACAUUGCAUUGAGUUUGUACGUCGUGCUAGUUGUUGUAUGUUUUGCACCAUGUUUUCUGUAUCCAGAGAGUCCGAAAUGGCUUUAUGCGGUUAAAGGAGAUCGUGAAGAGGCUCAUGCACAGCUCAUGCGCUUAAGAGGAGGAAACCUUAAGGAAGACGACUUCGCCAACGAAAUAUGUAGUGCGGAAGACGAAGAAGAUGCCUGUGGUUAUUGUGACGUCCUGAAAGACAAACGGCUGUUGCUGCCUCUGGUCAUUGUUUGUGUAUACCAAGGUGGUCAGCAGCUCUCUGGGAUUAAUGCAAUUUUUUAUUAUUCAGUGUCGAUUUUCCGUAGGGCUGGCGUAUCUGAUCAAGCAGCCGAAUGGGCGAACUUGGGUGCCGGAUCUUUAAAUUUGGCCACCUCGCUGUUGGGUCCGUUUCUUAUGGCCAGAGUGAAUCGCCGACCACUAAUGCUGAUUUCAAGCUUGCUGUGCAGUAUAUUCCUUCUUAGUUUUGCCUUGAUGUUAAAUUUUAUAGAUGAUGUCGCGUGGUUCGGACCGGGUUGUAUAGCCUGUAUAUUCCUGUACAUAUUUUCAUUCCAAUUUGGAGUUGGUCCUAUUCCAUUUUUUAUUGGAUCAGAAUUGUUCCAAGUAUCCCCCAGGCCUGUAGCAAUGUCAUUGGGAAGUUUAUCUUCGUGGUGUUGUAACUUCGCCGUAGGCAUGGCUUUUCCAACGUUACAAAAUUUAUGGGGCCCAUUCUCAUUUCUGCCAUUUUCUAUUACGUGCUUUACAAUAUUUCUCUUAACAAAAUUCUAUCUUCCAGAAACUAGAGGUCGAAAUCCGAUUGAUGUUGCACAUUUGGUAUCCCAAGGAUUUCGUUCAAAUGUAUAG